UUAACUGAUACAAAAACGCACUAAUUACAUUUUAUAUCUUAGCACAAUUGUUUGAUAAUGUAUGAUAACAUUUACUGUACAUAUGGAGUCAUUAAAUGGGUAAUGUGAACUGAAUACCUGAACACAAUAGCAUGGUAUAACUCUUGAGAUAACAAGGGCAAGCACUCUCCACACAGCCCCCGUGAGUUAAUGUUAGGAAGUUGUUGUUUACCGUUGGCCUUGACAACCACAAGCUGCUGCUCUGUAACAUGGCUUAGCAGAACAAACAACCACAUUGAAUGGUUUUGAUUCAACAUUUAAAUUAUUUUAACAUAUUGUUGAUGAAAUGGACGAGAGACAUUGGUGGAUUGCGACUAAAGUGCAGGAAACUUUUCGAGUCGGAGGGAACGACAGCCUAACAGAACUGGAAGAGUUAUUUUUACAAGCAGAUAACCUGCAACUCAUCGAUACAUUUCUCAAAGCUGAAGGGCUCGCCAAAUUGUUUUUCUUUGCAAAUACUGAAAGCCAGGAAGAACUGCAACCAUGCGACCUAAACAUUGGAGAAAACCUGGAUAAUGUAAUUGAUUCCAGAAACACAGCCAUUCUGUAUUUUCUUCGACACAAGACUGACAGAGAUGUGGAUCCUAUUCGGAUGGAACAAGAUAUUUUCUGUGGAGAAAUUAAGCACAACCUUGUCGACAGUUUGAUAUCCCAGCUGUCCGAGAUCUACAUUCCUCUGUUUAGAGCUCAAGAGGAUUGGGGCAGCUGCACUCAGGACGAUGUCAGGCACUUUCUGUUAGGACUGGACCGAUAUGUGUCUGCCCUGCAGGAUUCAGCUGGGGCUGCAGUCAGAUCAGAAAAGCAACAGAUUUUGAAGAGACCAGCGCAAAUAGUGAGCUCAGACAUCAUGCAGCAGCGGUCAGUCCCAGUUGAUUCAGAUGUUGUUAGUGAAAACGAGGCCCUUGUUUCUGAUUGGAUGAAAACCAUCGAGCAGGUCCUUAAUGAAGGAGGUGAUGACAGGGUUCUGGAUAUAAACACUACCCCCCUGACUGAGCUUGAUCGCUGGCAGAGGAGACAGAGGAGCCUGGAAUCCAUCACAGAGCAGCUGAAAGGGAAGGAGUGUAGAAAUGUCAUUGGGCUGCUCAUCUCCACCAAGUCACGCCUCCUGAAAAAGUGGAAAGCUGUGGAUAUAAGCAUUACAGAUGUUGCGAACGACACAAAGAGCCGAGUGAAGUAUCUUGAAGCUCUUCAUCGCCACUUUGAUGCCCUGGCCAGUGAGAACAAUCCAGUGAACCUGAUGAACACAGUUCUACCUGGGAUAGUUAACACCAUUAAACAGAUUGAUGCAAUGUCCCGUUUCUUCUCCCGGAAUGCAUAUCUGGGUCUUCUGCUUACCAAGGUAGGUAACCAGCUGACUCUGGCCUGCCGAGAGUUUCUCAAGGAGGGGCUUGUGUUGGGUAACUCUGAGGACAGGCUGUGGGACAGGAUAAGAGAAGAGAUGGAGAGAGGGUAUUUAUUGCCACUGCAAGCUGUUUCACACCCCAAGAACAAGGGAAAGGAGAGGAAACCUGAGCAGACAAUAAAUACAAACACGCUGUAUGACAGAGUACAAGCUUGCUUGAUGCUGCAGGCCUGUUUCUUGGACACUGUGCGUCAGCUGCGGGAGGCUCUGGGCGGCUCUCAUGGGCUCCCUCUUUUUUCCUCCUCAAGCUCCCUGUCUACCAUGCAAGGAAAACUGACGUCGUUUUCCACAGGGCGGGUGACCAAAGCCAGUCUCAGAAAGACAUCCCUGACAUCGAGCUGCUUAGAUCACAGUCAUGAUUAUCAAGGCUUAGGUGUACCUCUCACAGAUGAAGAGACCAUUAUGCACAACUUGGAUCUUCUUUGCUGCAAACUAAGACAGUUUUCUAAUGUCAUUGUCGCCCUGCAACAGUAUAAAACAUUAUUGGAUCAGACCAGAGGUUUACAGAAGCCAAGCUAUGAGGAUCUCAGUGUGAAUGACUUGGGUGAUGGAGAGAGUAUCCAUGAGCUGACAGUGGAGGACCAUAUAGACUCUUUAAGGGCUGAGAUAAAGCUAUACUCAACAGAGCCCUGCCGCACAGGAUUGUCUGUAGCUCCGCUCCAAACACUAAUAGAAGAGGAUGAGGUCCAGAGUGCAACUGGGCUGCCCAUACUUGCUCUUCACCAUCAGUCUGAGUCCAAAAGACUAGUGCCCCUGGAGGAAACCUCAGAUCCUCAGCAGCUAAGGAGCGAAGAGGAAGAAGAGGAGGAAGAGGAGGAGGCAGUAAACACACUGUCUUAUGAGGAAAAGCUGAUGUUACGAAAUCUCUAUAACUGGAAUGAUCCAGAAGAUGAAGGUUGCUCCCUCUCAUCCAUCAUCAGCGACUACCUGAAUAAUAUGAUAAACACCAUGGCAUCAGCUGUCAGGACUGAGGUGCUCUUAGGUGUAGAGAAAAGGGAUCUAGACACAUUUGAAGAUGUUUAUUCUGAAUUUCUUGUGAUGAACCAGCAGCUGGAGAGAUACCUCUCAAUCUACAUCCAGGCUCUGUUUCUGAGAAGGAUGCAUACUCAGGAAGCUCUCUCCAUUCUCAAAAGGUUCUCAGUGGUUGGUCAACGUCAGGGUAUUCAGCCUGUGAUCAAUGAAUGCUACGUGGAAGCCUUGGAAUGGUUCUAUGAAGAAAUUAAAGAGGUUCAGGAAACAUAUGAAGAACAGAAGGAUGACCCGGUCUUGCCUAGGAACUUACCUCCAGCUGCUGGUGCUAUCUACUGGUCCAGACAACUGCUGUCAAAAAUAGAGGAACCAAUGAAAAUCUUCCGAGAAGUAAGAGUCAUAACAACAUCCAACAGCUAUAUUCAGACUGUGAGGUUGUACAACAGAAUUGCUGCUGCGCUGGUGGCUUAUGAAACCUUGUGGUACCAGGAGUGGAGGUCUCAAGCAGAUAGAUGUCUUGAUGGGCUCAAUGCCACACUGCUAAUACGGGACCCCGAUACACAGGAGCUGAUGGUGAAUUGUGAUCCAAGAAUAAUCCAGCUUUUUGAAGAAACCAAAUGGAUGGUCAGAUUUAAGCUGCAAGUUCCACAAGCAGUCAUGUUGGCUUUAAAGCAGGAGAAGAAGUUCAAGAUGUAUAAGAGUCGCUUGCAGGGUAUUCUGCAGGAGUACCAGUGUGUUAAGAAGACAGUUCCAGAGUGUCUGGCUGUGCAGUUUGCAGCCCAGUUGGAAUAUGUGAACCGUCACUUUCAGCCAGGUCUCUCCCUAUUAGCCUGGAACAGUGUUGACAUCGAGGCUUUCCUGCAUCACGUCUACAAAGAUAUCACCAGGCUGAGGGCUGUUGUUGAAAAAGCUGCACAAAUUAAAGAAACAGUCAUAGACAAAGCUCUUGAAGCUAUCCAGAAUCUGGAGCUGUUCAGUGCAGACAAGGUUCUUUCUGAAUCAAGGAGUCCAACUGAAUUUCUACAGCUGAUAAGAUCUUCUCUGCAGAAAAACCAGGCAGAAUUGGAACAAAUAGUGAAAACCAUAAAGACAGCCAUUUCUGAUUUAAGGUUUUCCAUAAAGAACGCAAAGGAUGGUUCUUUAGGAGUCAGCCAGGACUCUGCCCCACUGAAGCCUUUGAACAAACACUCCCAUUCCCGCCUGAGACAGGCUUUAUCACAGGCAAGACAGCACGCAUCUCUGUCUAUAGCAGCUGGUGGCAGUAACAGUUAUGAGGAGAGUGACAGUCAGGUUCUUGAGUACUUCUGCAGUCAGACUGGUAAGGCUGUGUUUGCCUGUGUCUGUCGUUCUCUGUUGGUACUUGCACAAGUGACAGGUUGCGAUAUGGAGAGGAUUAUUGCAGAGGUGAGUCUGAAUCACCAAGAGGAGGUUCACACUGGUUCCUCUGCUACAGCCAGUGACACUGGCACCAACACAGCGAGUGAAGUCAGUAGCUCCAGCAUCAUCAGAUCCACCAUUUCAGAAGUCAUGAUGGACCAAAAGAGCCACCUUAGGUGCAGCCUAAAACUGAGACUGACCAUCCCCACCAUUGUGAUCGAUCCCACAUGUGAAGUUGCUCAAGAUGCUGUAAAUGAAGCUGCUUCAGCUGUGCUGGACCUCACUGACUGUGUGAACUGGGGGCCAGGAGAGACCCAGGAAGGGACUCUCAUUUCAACUAUAAGAGAAGACAAGACCAUUCAACACAUCCUCAGACACAUCAACCAUGUCAUAAUCAGUCUGAAACCUACUAUCGAAAAACACAUUUUUCACUACAGCUACUACGACUUUCUGUGGAAAGAUGACAUGAAUUGCCAGUACACCGAACUUACAUCAGUCAAUUGUGAGCUGCUUGUAAUAAAUAAAGUGGUUGAACGUAUACACAAGAUUGAACAGAAGAUACAAGAUUUCUCACCGGUGUUUCAGGUCGGAUGCCUUUGGUUAGACUCCUCUGUCAUUAGAGACACUCUGAAGGGGUUUGCUGGAGUGUGGAAGUUUAAGUAUUCUUCAGUUCUGCACCAAGAUGUCAAGAAAAGGCUGGAUACAGUUGUUCAGUACAGGGAUGCGUGUUACCAGCAGUUAACAAUUCAAGUUCAGUCACUUGAGCAAUUAAACAAAGCACUCUGCCUCCUGGAAGAGAUAGAAGAUAUGGAGAAUAAAAUUCAUGGGAUCUACCAACCUAUUGAGAGCACCUAUACACAACUCAGAUCAUACCAUCUAAGGAUCCCAAGAGAAGAAGCAACAGAAGUAGAUAAUCUGUGGGAAAACUGGACAGAGCUAAUUGUUUUGGCAGAAAAUGUUAAGAGGCAUUUAUUGAAGGACAAGAAAGAUGUGUUUGAACAGGAACUUGAUAAGCAAGUAAAGAGCUUCGGAGUGGAUGUGAUUCAGUUUAGAAACAGCUUUGACACUCAGGGCCCAGCAGCCCCGGGUCUCAAGCCAGAGGAAGCAGUGCAUCAGCUACAGGAGUUCCAGGAGAAGUUCAAAGUUUACGAUGCCAAAAAGAAGACUCUUAAUUCCUUACAGAGACUGUUUGGUAUCACUCCAAAAGCAUUCCUAGAACUAGACAGAACUGGAAAGGAUUUACAACUCCUUGGUACAUUGUAUGAGCUCUUCCAGAAGUUUCUCAGCUUUGACCAGCGCUUCCGAGAUACCCUGUGGGCCGAAGUGAAUUUAAAACAAAGCAAUGCAGAGGUCAUGGAUUAUUGGUCUCAAUGCCAGUCUUGGAAUGACAGACUAACAAACUGGGAUGCCUACGAUAAAAUGGCCUGGAAUUUUAAGUUCUAUGUCGACUGCUUUCCCAUUUUACACAGCCUUGCUGCCAAGGAAAUCCGUAAUCGCCACUGGCUUCAAGUGAUGACAGUCACAGGCAGUUCAUUUCCACUGGAAGCCACAGUUUUCAAGCUUCAUCAUCUUUUAGGGAUUGAGUUAUUAAAACACCAGAAGGAAAUUAAUUCUAUAGCCACGGCGGCUAGCGAGGAGUUAAAGUUGGAGGUGAAGAUGAGGACUAUUGAGGAAGAAUGGACAGAGCAGGUUCUCAGUUUUGAAGCGCACAGGAACCGGGGGCCUCUGCUCCUGGUGAAGGAGGACUCUGUGCACAUGCUGGAGCAGGUCGAGGAUGCCAGGCUGUUGUUGGCCCACAUGUUGACUUCAAAGCACAUUGGACCUCUGAGAGAGGAGGCAGCGUCCUGGUCUGAGAAGCUGAAGGAAGUAGGAGCCGUGUUGGAACUGUGGCUGGAAGUGCAGGAUCUGUGGCAGAACCUAGAAUCUGUAUUUAGUGACCCAAACAUUGCCAAGGAACUGCCCCAGGAUGCUAAGCGUUUUGCCAAAGUUGAGAGAAACUGGAUUAAAAUGAUGCGCUCGGCCAAUAACACCAAGAACGUAUUGCAGUGCUGCUGUGCGGAGGAGCUCCCCAAAGAAGUGGUUCUGAGGAACAUGUAUAAAGAGCUGGAGAUCUGCUGCCAGUCUCUCACCUCAUUCCUGGACAGGAGACGACAAGCCUUCCCUCGAUUCUACUUCUUGCCAGACCUGGUUCUUCUUUCCUUUCUCAGCCAUCCAACAGACAUUGGUUCUCUUCAAAAGCAUUUUGGCCUGAUAUUCGGUGGUGUUCAUAAUGUGGAGCUGGAGAGGAUGGACGGCUGGGAGGGUAGCAACAGCUGUGUGAGCGAGCUUGUGGAGACACUGCAGAUUCCUGGAGUUACUGACAGACUGGGAUCCUCAAGCCAGCAAAGUUUUACACACAUGACCGACACAGACAGCAUCUUGCCUAAAUCCAUCAGAUCUGCUGGUGUUUCAAUGGGAAGUCCUCUACCAGCUAGUGGCCGGGAGCCAAAUAGAGCUAUGCAAGCUGUGUCGGUGAUCGCAGAAGAUGGCGAACAUCUUCAGUUAGAUGAAGAGGUUCCCAUUUCUUUGGCAGUGGAGGAGUGGCUCACUGACUUGCAGUGUGCAAUUUUCAGGACCCUGGAGAGCUGCAUUAAUAAGGCAGCCAUGGACAUCAGUCAGGGAGUUAGCAUUGAUGAGUGGACAUACAGGAAUCCCUUUCAAAUAGCAAGACUGGGCUUGCUGUACUGCUGGACCAGGGACUGUGAGGCUGCUAUUACUGAUUUCAAGUCUGACCGCAAGGCUCUUCCAGGAGCUUUGAAGAAAUACGCAGGAAUGAUUUUCAGGCUUUCUACCAUCAUCUCCAAGGGCACAUGGAGACAUAAUGAUGAAUCUGUGACUUACAGCCAGAAACUAAAACUGGAAAACAUGGUCAUGUUUGCAGUUUAUUUACGGGAGGUGAUGGAAAGUCUAAAUGCUCACAAAGUCCGGGAGGUCACAGAUUUUGAAUGGAGAAGAGCAUUGCGGUUUUACUGGCAUGAAACAGAUGGAAGUAACAGCCACAAUUUAUGUAUACAUGAUGCCCAGUAUGAGUCUGGCCACGAGUUCUAUGGUGCUGCAGUCCCUGUCACAAUGAAUCCAAUAACCGAGAAGUCUUUUCUUUCUCUGUCCCAUAUAAUACAGAAAACAAGUGGUGCAGUUGUUCUAGGAGACCAUGGGACUGGCAAGACUGAGACUGUUAAGGGUUUUGCCCAUCUUUUGGGGAAGUUCCUUCUUCUGUUCAACUGCUCUUCAUAUACAGAUCCAGCCACGAUCACAGCGGUGCAACACGGGGCAGCAAGGGAUGGAUGUUGGGUGGGUUUCGAUGACUUCCACUUGCUGACAAAGCAGUCAGUCUCUACAUUUAUGUUCGGUGCACAGACUCUGUAUGACAAUCUGAAAGCAAAGCUCAACACGUGCAUUUUGGGAGAUGGAAAAGAGAUUACUUUGAACAGAAAUGUUGCGCUGCUCCUGACUGUCCACUGCAAGUCUGAGUAUAAGAAGCUUCCGAGCGAUGUCCUCGCUUUGUUCCGGACUGUCUCCCUGACAGCACCAGACCAAAAUGUCAUUCUCAGAGCAAACCUCACUGCUUUUGGAUUCAAAAGCCCCAAAAUGCUAGCGCACCGGCUUCAACUUGUUACUGAACUGGUGAAAGACCAACUCCCAGAGAAAGUGCACCAUCACCUGAGUCUGUCCUCGCUGGUGCCCGUGCUCAAGCGAGCUGCUCAGAAGAAGGAGGCCGGCAGGGAGGAGAGAGCAGACGGCAGACACGACAGGCUGGAGAUCAGGAAUGAGGGGGAAAGGACUUCCAGGUCCAGUAGCAUCACCUCCACUCAGCCCUUCAGUGGUUCUGCAAUGAGUCUGUCACCAAGUCUGAAGACAGUGCCUAGCACUGAUAGAAAAACAAGGGCGGUGAGCAACAACGCUAUGACAACUGCCGCUAGACUAGACCAUGCAUUGGUAGGAGAGACUCUGCUGGAAUGCAUUGCGCCCAGGAUGGAAGGAGAUGAUCUUUCAGUUUUUAAUCAAAUUGUGAGGGACAUAUUUGGAGUACUGCUGGACUUGUCAAGCCCAAAUGGAUACCUCCAGUCUCCUCAGAAUUGCAUAGACAAUGCUAUUUUAACAUCGGCCAAGGAUAAGAAUCUAAUUCCUCAUGCUCCAUGGGUGAACAAAGUCAAGCAGCUCUACAGUUUAUCCCAAGUGCAUCACGGCAUUAUUGUGGCUGGUCCUCCUGGGGCUGGUAAAAGCUCCUGUAUCUCCACUCUGGUUCAGGCCCUGAGCCUCCUUCCAGCAGGCCGCCAACAGCAGCAAGCUGGGAGCCCUGUGGUUAUGAGGAAUGAGCCAAUCCGUCACAGACUUGUCAAAUUCAACCCGCUUGCUGUGGAUGAAUUCACACUGCUCUUUGGCUCACAGCUUCCUUCUCAGAACUGGGAGGAUGGUAUCAUCACCAGUGCCUGGAGAAAGGCUAUAAGGAAUUGUAGCAACACUUGGCUCUGCUUUGAUGGACCGCUAACUUCAAGCUGGGUGGACAACUUCAAUAGCGUUCUGGGACAAGAAAAGGUUUUGCAGUUGAGCAAUGGAGAACACCUGAAAAUAACAAGCAACAUGCAGCUUCUUUUUGAGACAUCGGAACUCGAGCUGGCUUCCCCAGCAUCUAUUUCCAGAGCAGGCAUAUUGUAUAUCGACAGCAAAAUAACUGGCUGGAGACCAUUGGCCAAAGCCUGGUUAGCAGGAAGAAAUGAACAAGAAAAUAUUGUUUUGUCUGAGGCUUUUAAUACAGCUUUGGACCCUGUUUUUAAUUACAUUCUUCGUGAUAUCAAGUCUCCAGUUCCUUUGACUGAAGUUGGCCUUUUUCAAACAAUCACCAACCUGCUAGGAGCCAUGUUGCAUGAGAAGGCCCAAAGCCUGGGAGGCCCGCUACACAUCGAGAGGCUCUUCCUGUUUUGCCUCAUCUGGACUGUUGGAGGACUGCUGGGAAGAUCUGAUAAAAAAAGGUUUAGUGACAUCCUGAAAUCCCACACUUCAACCUUGCCAGACUAUGAUGAUGAGGUCUCUGUGUUUAAUUACUACGUGGACGAGUCAGGGGAGUGGGACCUCUGGCAGUCUCGGAUCUCAGAGCACAAUCGCACAAGGCAGACAGACAUUCUGGGGGAAGUCUUUGUGGAGACCGUAGACACGCUUGCAGUUCGCACAUUCAUGGAAUACGCAGACAUGGCCUCUCAGAAUGUGCUGCUGGUGGGAUCCCCGGGUUCUGGGAAGACAGCACUGAUAAAUGACUUUAUUUAUGCACAGGAUAAAUCCCACACUUUAGUUAAGAGAAUGGUGUUCUCGGGAGCGUCGAAAGCUAAAAACCUGCAGAAAAUGUUUGAGGAGAGCACUAUUCACAGACAAGGUUUUGUGUAUGGUGCAAGAGAAGGGAAAACUUUGCAGAUUUUCAUCGAUGAUAUCAGUCUUCCAGAGUCUCAGUGCUGUGGUGAGCUGUUGCGGCAGGUCCUGGAUGAUAAAGUGUUAGUGAAACAUAGCAAACCAUUCGAAUGGCGCCAAAUUGAAGCGCUUGUAGUACAGGCUGCCAUGUCAUUGCCUGAGUACCCGAGUGACAGCACACACAGUAUUUCACAGAGACUUUUGCGGCACUUUGCAGUGCUAAACCUCCCAUUUCCUGAGGGAUCUAAACUCAGCCAAGUUAUCUUCUCCAUUCUCCAGGCCAACAUGAUGAAAAAUGAUGGGCAACAAUUGGAGGGCAACUUACAUAAUGUACUAGUCUCAGCCUCAUGCAGUAUAUUGGAAUCCAUUAAGAGAUCCCUGCGCCCUUCCGCAGACCAAGGAAGGCAACAUUACCUGUUCUCUUUAAGAGAAAUUGCCCGGGUUUUCCAGUGUCUCUGCAACUUAUCUUAUGAACGUCGAGAGGAUACAUUCAUGGUACUUUGUUUCUGGAAGCAUGAAAUGCGACAUGUCGUUGGAGACAGACUGUGUCAAUAUGCUGAUCUUAACUGGUUUCAUGAUCAGCUGGAGAACAUCAUUGAACAGCAUGUCCCUGGUUCCCAUCAUGAUUCUUCGCAUGAGCACAUUGUGACUUUUCCGAUAGAUGAGAAAAUAACCAAACAGCAGUCAGCCUGGAAUUCAGAUAAGGGAGUGCAGGUUCAGUUACAGACAGUGAGAGGAAUAGAUGCAGUGCAUGGCUGUCUUCAGGCCUACCUGAAGCAAUACAACGGAGAGCUUGGGAAUCAACCACUGGAUAUUAAACUGUCUGAAAACACUCUGACUCACGUAGUGCGAAUCCAUCGGGUCCUUGCCUAUCGGCACAGCGGCAACCUCGUGAUAGUGAAUUCUCCAGGCAGCCACCUGCGGACACUGCUGAAGCUUGCACUCUACAUCGCUGACAUACCUCUUCAACGAGUCGACACCUCACAAAAGGCUCACUUCUUCAACAGUCUGAAAUCAGCAGUGCGACAUGCAGCUACAGACAGAAAGGUGGCAGCUUUGUUGCUGACAGCCAGGGAGCUUGGGGACGAUUCUUACCUGGACGCUAUCAACAGCAUUUUGAUCAGUGGAGAGUAUGCUCCCCUCUUCUCCAGGGAAGAAAUGCAUGAUCUUUUACAGAUUAUAAACCCUGCCCUUCAGAAGGAACACCCCCAUCUUGCUCAUGACCCAGUCAGCUACAUUGCUUCCAGAGUGAAGUCCAGUUUACGGGUGAUCGUGUGCCUGCCUCCAAACCAUGUGCUGCUGAAAACUGACUCUGUAAAAUAUCCUGGAUUCCUUUCGUGUUGUCACAUCAUUUGGAUUUGUGACUGGACUCAAGAGGCAGUUUUUCAUGAAACAGCACACUAUCUUAGUGAAUGCAAUAUUCUGGAGAAGCACUCUGAAGAAAUAAGGAAGCAGGUUGCAGGUACAAUGGCAUCAAUUCAUUGUCAGAUGUUAAAAGAAUGCCAGCAGGUUCCCUGGGCUGGAAGCUGUGACCCAACCCUGACCCUCAACACUGUCACGUUACAGAAAACUGAGAAUGAUGGCAAAGAGACAGUGAGAACAGAACCAGUCACGGUGCCAAACAUGCCAUAUUCAAAAGCCAUUGUCAAGGAAAGAAUUGAACUGAUGGAUAAUAACGGUCUUGCACCAGCAGUGUACAGUAAGGUGUUCUGUGGACAGAGUACAUUGAGGCAAUACCUGGACACUUUCAAACACAUAUACAUUUGUAAGUGCACAGAGCAGGAGAAGACAGAAGCUCUGCUCGGAAAAUCAUUGGAAACACUAGCCCAGACGAGGGCUGAUGCAAGAACCACCCAGGACUCAAUCAGAAAUUUGACUGAACAGUUUGAAGAGGCCAAAACUACAGCAUCAGACUUAUUAGAGAGACUGACUUCAAGAACAUCAGCACUGGAGAGCCUCAAGGGACAGCUAGGUAUAGGUGCAGCAAGUCUGCAGGCAUUUUUGGCACAGAUAGAGUCGGAGUCGGAGGAAAUAGAACUCGAUGCUCUGCUGAAAGACGAUGACUAUGAUGAGUAUGAUAAAGCAUUUUACGAAAUGAAGGAGCUCAGAAGUAAAUCACAUGUUAAUAAACUAACUGAAGACCUAGAAAAAGCAAAGAAUGAAUUGGAGGAAGCAAGAAAUAGCCUUUCACAUGCAAAGAAUCAGGUGAUGCACUGGUGCAAUAAAGUUGAUAAAAGCUGCAUUGAGAGAAUUAGUCGUUGUCAGAAUCCACCAUUUCUUCUUGCUCAGGUGCUGGAGAUGGUUCUGGUAAUGAUGGACCUCAUACCCAAUCCAAGUGACACUGACCUGGAGACAUCCAGAACCAAUAGACAUUCUAAUGACCUGUCAGAGGGAAGACACUACCAGAAGUCUGUGACUUCACGUUCUGCACGGAACUCGAAAAUGUGGUCAACAAGAGGAGGAACUGGAAAAGAUGGAAAGGAUAAGGUGGACAAAACAUGGUGGAAAACACUACAAAACUAUGUUGGUGAUAUCGGCAAGUUUGUAGACAUGAUUCACAAUGUGGCUAGACUGGAGGAUGGUCUACCAGGGGAAGUCCUGAAGCUGGUGGAAUCCUACCUGGGAAAGACCAAAGAGGGAAGCCUGGGGGUCACAGGUGAAGGGUCAUUGCUGGAAAACGCUGCUCCACAUGCUACUCCUCAGAGCAUCACUCCUGCCAAGAAGUUCACUGUGGUGGACAGCAGUGUCAGGAAAGGAGGGAUCACCAUUGCUGCUGCGAGAUACUGCUCGGAGGAGGCGGCCACUCUGGUGGCAUUUGUGGUGGCCCUGGUGGAGUACACCCGCCUCUGUGGACCCUUGAGGGCCUGUCUCAGCAGAGUGCAGGAGCUGGAGGUGGAGAAAGAGGACAAUGAGUGGAAGGAUCAAGAAAUACAAAAGUCUGGAGAAAGUGAGGAGAAAGACUUGCUAGAUGCUGAACCAGAGAAGCCUGUGUUCACUGCAGAUGAGCUACCGAUACUGCAGUCUGAGGUUCAACAGCUUCAGUCUGAGUAUGAUGUAGCUGUAGCUAACAAGCACAAAAUAGAAACUGAGCUGCACUCCAACAAGGAGAGACUCAGAGCAGCCCAAGAUGUGUUGAAGAGUUUAAGUACUCUGGAGCAGCAGUGGAAAGAAGCUUUGGAACUCUGUGUUGUGUCUGAACUGCUCACAAACUGUUUGCUCGCCGCAGCCUUCCUCACCUACUGUGGACCCUUUAAUGCAGGUGGCAGGCUCAUGGGAUGUGAGCUUUUCUUGCUAAAGUGUGAGGAAGGGGGGCUGCCUCUCCCGCAGAAGGUGCUGUUUAGACAAAUGACUCUGAUGCAGUUUAUGCACAAUCCAAUAGAAAUCCAGAAGCUGCAAAUGAAGGGCCCUGCUCUGAAUAAGAAUACCCAGACAAUUUCCUGUAUCUUUAAACGUAAAGGUUGUAUUGGCACUUGGGUGCUUCUCUGUGACCCAACAGCUCAGUCAAUUGAGUGGGUAAAGAACCACUUUCUGCCAGACUGCAUGGAAGUCAAGUAUCAUGAGCUUCAGUCUCAACUGGACUGCUGUCUGACGGAAGGGAUCCCUCUGUUGCUAACCUACUGCGACCUUCAGAGCCUGACUACUGACCAGAGGUUUGCCCAGGUCCUCCGCUCCCAGCUAGAGUUUGAGAGAAACACAUCGCCUUUUAAAAUAACAGUUGCAGACCAUGAAGUGGAGUGCCACCCCGGUUUCAGGCUUGUUCUGCACACCCCUGGCCUCCCAGAGGAGGUCCCUCCGGAGGUGGCAGCUUUCUGCAGCACAGCAUAUUUCUACCAGGACCGGGAGGGGUUGGCGGAACAGCUGCUGGACAGGUUUGUGCAGCUGGAGAAGACGAGGCUGGGGGAGGAAUACACCACUCUGCAGCAGGAAUGCCUUGAAAACAUGGAGGACCUUCGGGACGUGGAAAUGAAGAUAGCUCAGACCUUGUCCAGUGAUUGCACUCUUCUGAGCAGCCUGGCUAUCAACAAAAAACUGAGCGACUUAAAGCAGCACUACGAUGAAGCCAGAGAAACAAGAGCAAGGCUUUCUUUAUCAGAGAAGACUGCACUGACUGCUAGAGAAGGGUUCAGAGACAUAGCCCUGAGGGGGGGGAUCAUGUUUGAUACAGCCAACGCACUGAGACAGCUCAACAGCACAUAUCACAUUAGUUAUAAUCAGCUCCUGGAGGUGUUCGAUGCUUCUGUGGCUCACUCAGAGAGGCAUACAAUUAAGGCUAUUGUGGAUCGGUUGACAUAUAAUAUAUUCUGCUAUGUUGGCACAUACUUGCUGGAGAGAGACAGGAUGGUAUAUAGCCUGCUGUUGGCAUUUGAGAUUGAAGGCUGUCUGGGCCGCAUUGACCCUGGUGAAAUGGAGUUCAUCCUCUCUCCAGAGCUGUGUGCUGUGGUGAUGCAGGGAAUGGGGGCUGAAGGUUCAGGGGCACGGCACCACUCCAAGAACCCUUUUGACUGGAUGACUGAGGACCAGUUUAAAAAUGUGCAGAUCCUGGCUAUGUAUUAUAGCUGGUUCUGGGAUCUGUUUGAUCGGAUGUACAAGGAUGGCAAAGAAAUGACUUGGAAGGCAUUGUGCGACAGUGACCAACCAGAGACCCCCACAAAGGGGAAGUGUCCUGAAGGGCUGGAUGAACUGAGUCCUCUGCAGCGUCUUCUUGUAGUAAGGGCCGUGCGCAGUGACAGGCUCACGCACGCAGCAUCUAUCUUUAUCAGCAGUGCUCUUGGAAAGAGAUACACAGCAGAGAUCCCGUUCGAUCUUCAAAACUGUUUGCAGCAGUCCAAGCCCCAGAGCCUAAUUUUACUGCAGUUCAGCGCUGAGGGCGACGCCCCCCGCAGGCUGGUCUUGGAGUUGGCUCACAGAAGGAGCUGCAGGACUCAGGUGCUCUCUGUCAUCAACUGUAGUGUCAAUGAGGGGAGAAGGAUUAAGCAUCUGAUUGAGCAAGGCAUGGCUGAGGGGAACUGGGUUUUACUGGAGAACAUCCACAAUUCUGCACAUUUGAUGACAUCAUUGGAAGGCAUCCUGAAUGUGAAUAAGAGCCCUGAUCGAAAUUUCCGGCUCUGGGUUUCUGCCUCAACAAGCUCCAACUUGCCAGUGAGACUGCUUCAUAUAUCACACCGGAUUAUUGUUGACCAGCCAAAGAACAUGAAGGACGGCAUGCUGAGAUGCCUGCAGGGCGUUGACUCGGAAGCCUUGAAGACCAGCAGUCGUCCUGAGUGGCCAGCAGUGGUGCACAACCUCUGCUUCCUGCACAGUGCUGUGAGGCUGCGUGCUGCCUCCGGGGGCGCUAUGGGCUGGAACAGCAGAGACACCAUGAUGUUUGGAAAUCAACAAUUUAUGGAUGCCUUGCAAGUCCUGACAGAGGAAUUUAGAGACAGGGACCCUGAGGCUGAGGGGAGGGGUGUGUCCUGGACCGGGAUUAGAUAUCUUCUAUCAGAAGUGAUCUAUGGGAGUAACAUAAUCGAUGAGAGUGAUCGGAUCAGUUUGGCAUCUUUGGUUGAUUUAUGGAUUAGUUCUACUGCUACAAAGAAGGACUGUGACCUGACGAAAUUGAAGUACAGAGUCCCGGCAGCUUUCUUUAUUCCUGGCACCCAGCUGAGCUCCCUGUUGCAGGCUCUCGAUUCUGUUCCAAGGAAUUCCCUGGAUGUGCCUGAAGCAGUCAGCAUGCACUCUGCCUCAGAACUCCACUUCGGUGAUGAAGAGUAUGUGUGCAGUUGGUUGUAUUCCCUCAACCAAUCUUUGUUACCAUCUGACCAUCAGCAACACUCUCUUACACCACAAUAUUCCCCAUCAAACACAGCAAUUAACAUCAAUCUCCCUCUAGUGGCGACUCAAGGAAAUCACAGCUUGAUCCAGUUGAAACCAAGCAAAGAACCAGAGCUCUGGGAGAUCUGUUACAAUAUUUUAGCCAAACUUCCCAAAGGAUGGACCAAGGAUUUCAUCUCUGAGCGACUGAAGAAAAUAGGUGGAAAUACUCCAUUCAACCUGUUUAUAAAGAAAGAGCUGAACCAUCUAAUGGGAGUCUUGUCAGAAGUCAGGAGAAAUUUGCAGGCAAUCAAGAGCAGCACAGAGUCCCUGAGCAUGUUUGGAGGGCGCCUCUCUGAGAUGGAGCUGUGUGUGGCCAGGGACCUGUACCAGCAGAGAGCCCCCCAGCACUGGAGCUGCCUGGCAGGGAGGGCUUUUCCUCUCACACAGGGACACACCGCCUGGAUCAGCGACCUGCAGCUACGGGUCUCGCACUUUGAAAAGAUUCUGCUGCUGGGUCAAGAAAAGAUGCCCACAUAUUGGCUCGGUGCCUUUAGGAAUCCCAAAGGGCUGCUGGGGGUCUUCAGGCAGCAGAGUGCAAAACAGCAUGCAGAACGAACAGGCAGCAUUGAGCCCAUGGUGUUCCAGACUGUCAUCACUCAAAGAGACAAGGAGCAUAUGCGGGAUCCUCCACAGGAGGGGAUGUUUGUGUAUGGAAUCUACUUGUGGGGCGUGUCCUGGCAUAAGACUGAGGCAGAGCUCCUGGAUGCCCCUCCUAGAAGGGGCCCGGUCCCUUUGCCAGUCAUUCAUCUCCACUGUAUGCCCAGGGCAGAGAAAGCCAGCCUUGCCGAAGCCAUCCGAACCACUGACACAUACCAGUGCCCUGUGUACACCUCGUCCAAGGGACCACGGGAGCCAGUCCUUCACCUCGACAUUCACAAGGAGAGUGUUCCAGCGACAAGGUGGGCCCUAAGAGGAAUGAAGGCAACGCUGCAGCCAUUUUAACUCAGUGGUGCCGACUUCAUUGAGAGGUUUCCAGAACUACGUUUAUUUUGAUUGGUUUGCGUGGUCCCAAAGCCUGAAAAAACGUGGAAAGCGGUUGUUGAAAUUGGCCCGGCUUCUACAAAAUCAGAGUAUGUUCUGAACAAAGGGGAAAUGACACUGCUAAUAAAUAAACUGUGACAAAGCAGUGUCUUUGUAUUGAAAGUUAACUUUAAGUGGUAGAUUAAUUAAAUCUCCUUUCUAUUUAUUCAACGGUUUAUCAAUAGUGAAGAGAUUUAAUUUUAAAAGAAGUUUUAUAUUUGUGUACUUUGUAUGGGAAUUAAAAAAAAAAAUUAAAGGUAGGUUUUUGUUUUGUUAAAUCCAUAUAUAUUUGUGCAAAUUGCAGGUAAAAAAAAUCAGUUUUGCAAUAAAACAUUAACAUAUAAUUUUAUGUUUGGUGAUUUAAAAGUAUUUCAUUACAAGUCACCACAAUGGUUUGUUCACCAAUGGUCCUGUAAUAUGCAUUAUUAAUCAAAUAAAAAAAGCUCAUAGGUCAUUUUGACUCCACCCUAGCACUUUAUGGUUUCUUUAAAUAGAUGUUUUUAUUAUUAUUAUUAUUAUUAUUAUUAUUAUUAUUAUUAUUAUUAUUAUUAUUAUUAUUAUUAUUUUUAUUUUUUUUUAAACACUUAAUAAUAAACAAAUGUAGUACUUGUGAUAUUUGAAGUAUGAGACACAGGCAAGAAAUGAAACAACGAAGACGUGAAGCA